UUUCAUUCAUAUACAUUUCUAUUUACAUUAAAAAAUACAUUAAAUAUUCCACCAACAAAAUUUCCUGUUGCUAAAGAAUAUCAACAAUGUGCAAUAAGUCAUAAUCCAACAUGUGGUCCUAAUUUUGGUUCACCAAAAAAUGAAGGCAGUGAUUUAUGUUUAAGAAAUAAAUUUAAUGAUAAAACUAAUUGUAUAUUUUUUCCCAAAAGUUAUAUUGAUUCAACUAAUCAAGGUGGUUUAAUAUUUGCUAAAAAAUAUUUUGCCUGUAAAGAUGUCGAAAUAUUUACUUCAAUGGUCAAUAGUUAA